UCACCUUCCUACAUUAUUCUGGUUCACACAAUUACAGUUCCCACCCCCAGGCUGGGUCUCCUGUACACACACAAAGAACACGAGUUCAGAGAGGGACGGAGAAAAAUCUAAGCCUUAUUGGCUUUGAUUUUUGCUUUUCUUCUACCAUUGAUGUAACAUUCACCUACGCACACCAGACCGCCGUCUAUAUAUAGAGAACUGUUGACCAACAGGGAAAAAAGAAAGAGUAAUUUUUGAAAAUAACCCAAUUGUAGAACACAUACAUAAACAGGGUUUAAAGAGGAAAUAUAGGUUUUUAAUCUGGGUGUGUUUUGUGAAAUGGGUGAUGUUUUUUGUUCUUCGUUUGUGACUUCAUUUUCUUCGUCAUUGAAUUCUUCUCAACUGAUUUUUCCACCCAAUCAAAGGCUACGUAAAGGAUUGGUUUCUUUUUCAUAUAUUUCCUCUGUUAGCGGUUCUUCUUCUUCAGUUGGCUUCAGAGCUCGCAAGCAAUUGGCAUCUGUUAAGGUACAUGCAACUGUCACUGAAACUGAGCAGCCCAAGUGGUGGGAAAGGAAUGCAGGCCCCAAUAUGAUUGAUGUUCACUCAACACAAGAAUUCCUAAAUGCUUUGCGUGAGGCUGGGGACAGACUAGUUAUUGUCGAGUUCUAUGGGACAUGGUGCGCUUCUUGCCGAGCACUGUUUCCCAAGCUUUGCAGAACUGCCGGGGAACACCCAGAUAUUUUGUUCCUGAAAGUCAAUUUUGAUGAAAACAAGCCUAUGUGCAAGAAUUUGAAUGUAAAGGUUCUUCCUUAUUUCCACUUCUACCGGGGAGCAGAUGGACAACUGGAGUCCUUUUCUUGUUCUCUUGCAAAAUUUCAGAAAAUAAAGGAUGCCAUCGUGUUACAUAACACAGCUCGUUGUAGCAUUGGUCCUCCUAGAGGUGUCGGGGAUCUCAACCUCGGAAGUCUCUCAGCCGCGAAGGAGAAGCAAGCAGAAUCUACUGCAACAUAGUACAUCCUAAAAUUUAUGCAAUUGUCUAUACCAAUGCAUUUGCGUGUAGAAUCUUCGGCUGAACACUGUUCGACGCUCGAGUUUUUUAAGAUUGAUUUUGUGUAAUUGCCAAUUUUUAGUUUAAAGCAAAGCAAGUUACUGUAUAAUCAUGCUGCAUUCUUUGCUACUAUACUUUUAGGCUUGUGGCCGUGCAGUAAUCUUGUCUAAAUAGAAAUAUAUUUUUAUGCCAUGUAAGUUUCUGAGUUGAUCACUACCAUUGGAUAUUUGAUUCUACA